AUGGCGAUGAUGAUGACUGGUCGUGUGCUGCUGGUGUGUGCCCUCUGCGUGCUGUGGUGCGGUGCCGGCGGUGUUUAUGCGAGGGACGUUGACACGAACGCACUGGGUGGCUGCAUGGGGUCGGGAGUGUUGGGUGAGAAUGGAUCCCACAUGCCUGACGGAUGUAAUAAAACUGCGAUUACGGUGCCUUUGCGGUCAGUAUUGCCCAUUACUGCCGUCGAAGCUUCGGAUGGAAAAGGUGCUUCUCCUUCUGGUUCUGGCGCUGCCGGGGCUUCUGGUGCCUCUCCUGGUGCUUCUGUUGCUGGUGGUACAGGUGGUGGAGGCGAUUCUGGUGGUGCUGGAGGCGGUUCUACUGGAGGUCAUGCCACCGGCAGCGUUCCUUCUGGUUCUUCUGCUCCUCCUGCUGCUCCCGCUCCUCCUGCUCCUGCUGGUGGAGGCGGUGGCAUUUCUUCUGGUUCAUCUGCUGCUGCUUCUCCUCCUUCUCCUCCUGGUCCUUCUGCCGCUUCUGGUCCUCCCGCUCCUCCUGCCGGUUCUGCUCCUGCUGCUGCUCCUGCUGUUGAUUCUUCAGCUGGCAGCAGCGGUGGUGAAGCGGGGUCCUCAGGCAGUCAUCCAACUAACACAACAGGGGACUCUUCAACAGGAGAUCAGACGUCUGCUGCUGCAGCGGCUAACGACUCCUCGCCAGCCGAAGGACGGGCAGGAACGACAUCCAGCACUGAACACACACGACAAGAAGAAGAAGAAGAAGAAGAAGAGGGAGAGGAAGAAGAUCAUGAAAAGCAGCAGCAAAGUGAUGAAGCACAAGUCCAACAACAUCAACAGCAUGAACACCCCGCGGAAAAUGGCAAAGAAUCCGCGAAAGGUAAAAACGCCAUUCGUACAAAUGCCACCGCAAAUACAGGCGACAGUGACGGCAGCACCGCGGUCUCCCACGCCACCUCCCCUCUUUUGCCUCUUCUUCUUGUUGUUGUGUGUGCGGCUGCUGCUGCGGUGGUGGCCGCGUGA